AGUGUGGACCCGGUACUCCCCCGUCCACAUGAUCCAGCCCAGUCGACCAGCAGGUGCCUGAUUCCACAAACGUCAAGAUAUGCCAUGCCGUGUGCUGUUUUGUCUCUUUUGAUAGCUCACUGCUUCAACUGCUUCAUAUUCUGCUCGUUCCCUCGUCACUUUGCUUUCCUUCCCUAACCAAAUAUCCACAGCUGCACCGUGGUUGUUUGGGGCCUACCCUCUACUGAAGCUUGGUGGACAGAAUGAGUGAGACUCCUGGCAAAAGGAUUUCGUAUUCGAAAGAUGAGUUACUUGCUCUUCGUAACCACCCCUCAGCUAAAGUGUGGCCGGCAUGUCUGGAUCGACAGUUCACUCUCAAGGAUGACAAGUUCUUCUCAGCCGUGAGAUGGUUUGCCGAGUUGGCUGAAGAGGACCCAUUGAAAUCAGCAGAUCGCAGAAGCAAUGGCGGCAGUGACAGGGAAGCUAAAUCAGAUGGUGGUGUUGUGCUGGGACCGCAGCGUGGUAACUUUAAUCAUGGCUGCAGUGGCAUUGAUGCCAGGCGUAAAGGAGGAGAGCGUGCUCCACCUGGAAGGCUGAAUCGAAGGACUGGUCUUUUGAAUGACCAGCAGCAGCAGCAGAGAAGGCUUCCGAACAAAGUCAAACAGCAACCGCAAGACCUGCUUCCUCAUUGGCACCCCAACAAGCAAAUAAAUGACCUGCCGCAGCAUCAGGGGCGCAAGCAGCUUUCUGCAGCAAGUCCGAAGACUAAACGGCGCUCGCCAACUCCCGAAAGAAGAGCUGCAGCUGCUGAUGGCCUGCAGCUAUCUGGUUCUAAAUCACCGAAGCCAUCGAGAAACAAUAAGGUCGCGCCUGUCUCUCCUAUAUCAAGAAAGAAACAAAGCAGUGCAAAUGGGACUGCUCGGCCCGUAGAUCUUCUCCCUGACACUUCCUCUACUGACCAGACAGCACCCGAACCAGGAAAACUCAAACGACAACCUGAAGAUAACUCGCGCUCAUCGACUGAAAGUCUCUCGCAGUCACGAAGGAAUGGCCACCAGCACCCAUCACAGCCCAGAGAAGAAAGUCGGCCUCUCUCGCGUGAGACAAAGGAUGUUGAAAAGGAUCAGCGCAAGACUGGCCAGCAGCAGCAGUCGCAAAAACCCAGAGAAGACAUUCGAUCUCUUUUACGGGAAUCAAAAGAUUCAGAUAAGGAUCAGCGGAAGGCUCCGCAGGAGCAAAGGAAAACUUCUCAGGAGCACCGGAAGACUGGUCAACAGCACCCUGCUCAGCCACAGCAGCAGCAGCACCAAUCACAGCCGCAGAAGCAACAACAACAACCACAGGCAACUCAGCAGCAAGUGCAGCAGCAGCAGCAACAACAACCGCAGCUGCCAAAGCAACAGCAACAACCACAACAGCAGAAGCAGCAGCAACUGCAGCUGCAGAAGCAGCAACAACAACAACAACAAUCGCAGCUGCAGAAGCAGCAGCAGCAGCACCAACCACAGCCAACUCAGCAGCAACCCCAGCAGCAGCCACCACAACAGCAACCCCAGCAGCAGCCACCACAGCAGCAACCCCAGCAAUUGCGGCAUCACCAGCAGCAGCCCCAGAUACGUCCACAGCACCUACCACAACCACAGCAGCAACCACAGCGGCAAUUGCAUGUGCAGCAACAAUCACAGCAGCAACCACAGCGGCAGUUGCAUGUGCAGCAACAACCACAGCAAAUGCCGCAGCAGCAACACCAAUCCCAGCUGCAAUCCUUGCUGCAACAGGUCCCACAGCAGCAGCAACUACAGGCACAAUCUCCGAGACCUGGUGCACAGUCCCAGCAGUCUAGAGAAGCCCAUCGCACUCUGUCACUAGAUGCAAAGGACAUUGAAAAGAAGCAGCAAAGGCAUGCGGAAAUGCAGUCACCUUGUGGAAUCGUCCCAGUCACCCAAAAUCUUAUGAAGGCUAGCGAGAAGGAAUCGAAGCAGCAUGGUGACCCAAACAUUGGUAAUGUCUCUCCACACUUGAUGAUGAGUACCGUGAGUGCUGAACAAAACUUUGAUUUCGAUCGCUUCCUGGCCACUCUGAAUGUCAAGGAUGGUACUCCAACUGAUGACAAAAGUCGGUUCCGGCAGUUCUUCACGUCACCUCGCCCGUCGACUUCUACUUCUAGCUUGAGUAGGACAUCGUCCGCCAGCACACCGGCAGUGGAGCAAAUACCGACGGUGCCAGCUGCGCCAGCAGCAGUAGCUCAGGCAGUCCUGGCAGCCGCUGCGCCGUCUGCAUCGCACCCUGACAGUUUCAAACAGUUCAUGGCACCAAGAGCUCCUCGUCAGCGCCAGCGUUUGGAAGGAGAGUCUGGUCGUGUCCGUCGUAAUGGCCUGUCAGAUGUUGCCGAUAUCGAAGCUGAGGCCACAGCCGAAGCCAUACAGGCGAUUCGCACCACCCAGCAGCAGUCGGCUCAGUCUGGUCUUUUGCCCACGCCUGAUGAAGUGCGUAGCUUGAAACCGUCGAAGACCUUCAAUCUGCCGGCAAGCGGCUUUUCCAGUGAAGCCGCGGAACCUGUCUUACCCUCGCCACCUGUCGCAAAAAACACUGCGCCACCGGUCUCUCUGCCCAUGGCGUUCAUGCCGACGUCCGUUAUGCGCAAAAUGAAGAUGCCCGCGUCAAAGCCUGGCAUCACCACAGUAUCUGUGCAAUCGCCUCCGCAGCCGCAACCUCCAACGCAGCCAUCUUCUACACGCAGCACAGCGGCUGCUGCUGCUCAAACGUCACUAGCUACCAAUCCGCACGCUGCGGCCGCUGCUGCUGCUGCAUCACACUUGUCUUCUCUGCAAGCCACACAACAUGCUGCCCAGCUUCAACAGCACUUUUCCCAGCAAGUUCGCUCCAAGAACGAUCACCGGCAAAUGUCAGCAAGUGCAAAGCCUAUUCUCUUUCCGCUCGUUCCGUCUGCACAUCUACCCCAUCACCAUGGCAUCUCAAACACACACCACCGACAGCAGGUCCAGAGUGACCCCCUGCACCAGUACUACAUGCAGAGCUGGUAUAUGCACUGAAAAUAGCAUUCUAUUUUUAUCAGCCAUCCCCUCCUCACGUCACAAGAAGAAAAAAUGAAGAUACGAUCCUUUCUUUUCAUGACCUACUGUGUGUGAUUCUCCCUCUUGCCUCUCCUUCUCAUCCUCCUGCCCUCUCCCCUCAACACACCUUUGUGGCUUUGUCUUUUCUCCUUUGCCUCUGAACGUCCACGUAAAACAGUUUUGACCCCUCUCUUCACACAUGCACGCACACACGCAUGCAGGCACGCUGCACACAUGCACAAGUACAUUUGCACACACCAAUGAACACUCCGAAACAAAAUCAUGACAGUCCAGACUGACCCCUCUCAGCCUAUCUAUUCCGUUUCACCAUCAUGCACGGCCCGCUUCUAUCCCAGGACAUGAAUUUGCAACUACUCAUUGUUUUCCAUGAAGGCAUUCUGCUGUGCAGCUGUAAUCUCGUGAGCCGUUGUACACAACACACGCACACACACACACACACACACACACACACACACACACACACACACACACACACACACCUACGGACUCGUUUUUAUUUCCUAUCUCUGCACUCACACACAUGGUUGCACACCAUACACAGUGGAUGCACAAAGCUGAUGUGCCUUCCAUUCCCUACCUCUGUGUUCCCCUGGCAAAGCCUGGGAAUAUGAACGCGUGUUGCGUGUACCUUUUCUUUUCUUCUCUUUUUUUUGUAGCGUUCAUACACAUGUGCAGAUGUGUACCGCGUCCAAUAUAUUUCUUCUCCUUUUCCUCCUUCAUACCAUCUGCGUCGCAUUAACAUGUCCUGAUGUGAACCAAAACACGAGCUCUCAUUGUUCAAACCACAUUGCUGGUUUACAUGCAAGACAUUCCCUGUUUACUUUUUCGUUUAUUUCUUUUUUUCGUUUAUUUCUUUUUUUCGUUUACAUCGUGUCCAUAACAUUUUUUUUACAAUGUCACAAUUCUCACUGUCUGUGUGUGUUGUUGUUCCAUGGUGUCCACAAAACUCACAGUACGGUUUUGAUCUCGUUCAUGCCGCUACAUACACCGCUUAUUGCUGCACCACAUUUCUUCUUCCGGGGAUUUGAUUUUCACUCUUGCGAGGCAGCGUACUGUACUGUGGGCUGCAGCCAGGUCCUGCUUUUUUCUUAGCGUUUUUGGGCUGCAGCCAGGUCCUGCUGUUUUCCUUGCCGUCUUCUUCUUUUGCACGUCCUGUUCUUGACCCGCAUUCGACUAAGUGACUUUGUGGUGUCGCAGGACCUACUGUUUCUUGCUUUCCGUCUUGUUUUGGAUCAGCCCAUGUUUUUGAUGGUCGUGUGCCGGCAAGCUGGUUACAACUACUUGCUGUGCUUUCUCUUUGUGCCCAAUCUAAAUUAUAGUACUCUCCCGCUGAUGUGGCCUCCAUUG